AUGCCUGCACUUGAAGCUGAAACCAUGGGCUCACUCCUCGGUUCCGACAACUCGAGGCUGUUAAAGCUCUAUCACCUCGGAGUUAUCCUGUCUGUGGCUUACGUAUUUUAUUUGGUAGGCCUCGUCGUAUAUCGACUUUGGUUUCACCCUCUGGCCAAGUUCCCGGGCCCGGCCUGGCUUGCCGUCUCGGAUAUUCCUUAUCUGUACCUGGCAAACUACCGUGGUAUAUUCGCCGCCCGGGUGCUGGAUCUACACCGCCGGUACGGCAAAGUUGUACGGGUCGGGACCAACCGCUUGGUCGUCGAUGGAUCCGUAGGCUGGAAUGAUGUUUUCUCCCACCGGCCGGGCGGAGACGCUACGGAAUUCCCCAAAGCCCCGGGUAGUUUCGCCGCGCCGGAUGGAACAACUUUGCUCACCGCCCCGAACCGGGAAAAUCACCGUCGCCAACGACGUAUUUUGGCCCACGCCUUUAGCGAAGCUGCCUUGGCUGAACAAGAAGCUCUCAUCAUGCAUUACGUCGACCUCUGCAUGCGUCGAUUGUCGGAAGUUUCGCGUGGAGGCCAGCCUAUUGAUUUAAUGGUCUGGCUCAACUACAUAACCUUUGACAUCAUUGGUGACUUGUCCUUUGGUGAAUCCUUUGGCAGCCUGGAACAAAGCAAUUACCAUUUUUGGGUUAGAAACAUCAUCAAGUCAAUCAAGGGUGCCAGCCAAAGACGCUUUUUCCGCGGGAUUGGUUUACCCGCAUUGAGCCGCUUCACCCCUGGUAACCCGGUCCAGGGAAUGCUUGAUAACCUCAAGUAUGCGCAAGGAAAGGCCGAGGCCCGCAUGGCGCUCGGCGAGACACCGCUCGCCCCGGCAUGGGACGGCGAGGUUGACGCCCAGGGGCGACCGGCGAUGAAGCCACGCCGCGAUUUCAUGAGCUACAUGAUGCGCAAGAGCGGCGACGGCCAGGGAAUGACCACCCAGGAAAAGCUCAACAACGCCAACACCUUGAUCUUGGCCGGUAGCGAAACGACAGCUACCAACCUUUCCACCUUGUUCUUCGAGCUCAGCGUACCAUCUAACCGCGCCAUCAAAGAAGCCGUCGUGGCCGAAAUACGCUCCAAGUUCAAGCGAGAGGCCGACGUAAAUUUCAAGUCCGUCCAGCGCGAUGAGCUUCCUUUUCUACACGCCUGUAUCGAGGAGUCGCUCCGUAUCCACCCACCCGUAGUCGAAACACCUGCGCGUGUGUCGCCUGGAGCCACGAUCGAUGGCCACUUUGUUCCCAAGGGGGCUCUCGUCACCAUCUAUCAAAACUCUACAUACAGAAACCCUGAUAACUUCAUCGAACCCAACAAGUUCCUACCGCAAAGGUUUCUGCCCCCGUCCCAUCCCAUGUACGAUGCCAGGCUCGCCAACGGCAGCAACAUGGCGGCUUUCAAACCCUUCAGCUACGGCCCUCGCGACUGCCUCGGGAAGAAUCUUGCCUAUGCCGAAAUGCAUCUUAUUGCCUGCCGCUUGUUCCUGCGCUUUGAUAUGGAGCUGGCCGAAGAAACCUCGGAGGAUUGGCUGGAUUCGCAGAUCUGCUACGUGGUUUGGCAGAAGGAUCCCUUGAUGGUCAAACUGACCGAGCGCAAAGACGUCGAGCUCAAGUCUUAG